GACCAGCACACUAAUCUAUGCUACCAGCCAAGUUUGAUUAUCAUCUUCUGUUGGAAAAAAAUGGGAGUUCUGCAGACAACGGAAUGUUCUUCCAGAGGGAAAGUCAUGAUUCAAGAAGCAUGCAAGAUAAUUGGUGAGCUAUUUAUCACUAAAGUCAUGUCCUGUCAGCUUCAAACUUAGCAAGGUAAACAGAAUAGCAAACAGAAAUAAACAAAGGUACAAAAUGGAAUAAAGAUGUUAUAGCACACACUCAUCUGGGAAGACCCCUCCCUUCUCCAUAUGGUAAUAUUGACCCGAUAUUUUGCAGGUUUUCAAUUGUUGGGUUGCUCACAUGCUUCAGCUGGACCCCAUUUUUGCUUUAAAAUCUCAAGGACCGGUUUCAUGUCUCGCUGGACCAUGGACCAGGUAAUUGGGGUGGGUGGGUGGGGGGAGACAUUAGCCUUGCUGGUACAGGCUAUAAUAGAUCGGGAACGGGACAGGUUCAGCUUGGUUCUGAACAGAUAAUACCCUUCUGCUCCCUUUUCUCAUGUUACUUCUAGUGUGGGUUUGUGGCAUUAAGAUCUGAGCCAGAAGAAGGGCCGACAUUUAUCUUUGCUUCUACAGUACAAUGCACUGCGGUGAACUAUGGUAAAAUUUUGCAUUUUCCCAUUGUAUGCUGUGAAGAGCUGUCACUUGAUGCUUCGGGUCAAAAGCCGGAAGUCCCGCCGCACCUAUGGCUAUUGCAGUUGUCAGUCUUUGAACCCUUUCUGCGCAUGCGCCUUGCCAAUUGCGACCUCAACUUUUCCCUUCCGCUCCUAGAGGGCGGGGCCCUUCAGAAGCGUUUCCCACCCUCUCCAAAAUUGACAGACGUAUAGCCCAAUGGAAAUGCGACGUACUCUCCGCUCUGUCCCAAUAGGAGCCGAAGCCUGCUUUCGCGCUCGGCCUUUCGCGGCUGAACGAGCAACCAAUAGGAGCUGGAGGCGGAGCAGCAGCAGCGGCGGGGCGCUCGAGCGACUGCAGUUGAGGGAGAGUCAGGCCCGGACUCCUGGGUCCCUCCCCUCCCCUCUGAGGGGAGGACAUGUCCCACCAGGAAGCGAUGGACGUGGACUUCGCGCCGGCGGCCGAGGAGCCCGAGUCGCCAGCCGCCGCCAGCCGCCUUCAGGAACCGGCCGCGGCAGACGGGGACGCCUCGACGUCCGGGGCGCCUCGGCCGGCGGCUUCUCGCUCUUCAUGGGGCGCCUUCGUUGGGGAGCGCGAGCCGCGGAGGCCGCCGCCGCCUCGAGCCAGGAGGAACCCGCCUCGGCAGCAGCAGCAGGGACCGCGCGCGGCCUCAGCCGCCGCCUCCGCCUCCUCCUCCUCCUCCCAACGGGCCUCCCGAGCCAGGUGAGGAAGGGAGGGAGAAGGGCUCGGAUCCUGUGGGGAGCUUCUCAGAGUGACCAUGGGGCCUGAGAGAGUACGAAGAAGCCCCUGUCCUAAGGGGCUGGGGGAGGGGAGCCCCUCGGAAACGGGGCUGGGCGUGGUGGGCCCCGCGGAGGAGGGAGAAGGUGCCGUGCCAGGUAGCGGGGGAAAGUGCUGGAGGCAGCUGGGGUUUGUAAACAAGAGGCCUUUCGCGUUCCCUACCCUGGGGAAGGAAGGCUGUUAGGCUUCUCGGGCGCAGGUGGCUGUCAGAACGGAGGAGGAGGAGGAGGAGGCGGGUCCUCGGGAGCCAGGGAGUGGAUUCUGGGGUGGGUGAAGGGAAGGGCGGGGGGCCUUUCGCAGGGGUUGUGGAUUUUGUGAAUCUUGCGGGGUGGGGUGGUAGAGGUACCUGUGGGUCAUGGGUGUGGGUAUGUGAGUGGGUGGAGGGGGUACCUGUCAGAGCAAGGAGAGUUGCUAAGCGAGGGAAGGAAGUGUGUGAGUGUGUGAUGGUCAUAGAAGGAGCUUCUCAGAGCCAGGGGAUGGAUCAUAGGGUGUGCGUGUGAAGGAGUGUCUGUCACAGUGGGGGAGGAGAGAUCCUGGGGGAACACAUGUCAGAAUGGGGGUGGCGGCAUGGAGUCUGCAGGGUUGGUUCUUGGAGCAGCAGACAGGUUCUGCGAGGAUAUGUGAAGGUGGUGUCUGUUGGAGCACAUGCUGAAGGCAGCUGGUAUUUGUAAACAAGAGACCCCUCACAUUUUUCUCCCUGUGUUCCUGAAGGGGAAUGGGCUACAGCACUGUCAUAGUGUAGUGAUAGAGCACAUAGGCAUAGGCAGGAUUUUUUUGAGCGGGGGUGGACAAAACAGAGUUAUCUGCAAUGCAAAUGGUCAGUUAAGUAUUUCUAUUUAUUUACUUGAUGUAGUGGGGGACAGCUGUCCCCUGCACUCUCCCUGACUAUGCCCAUGGUAGAGCAUGUGCUUUGUUGUGAUAGAAAUUGUGAUAGCCAGGUGCAUUUUUCUACUGGCGUGGGUCCAAUUGCAACCACGUGGAUGCCAGGUUGGCAACUAAUAUCUUCAUCUGGCUGGCUUCAACAGCUUUCUUAAGUAGUAGGUCAGCAGAAGAGCUUGCUUAUUACAUUUAUAUCCCAUCCUUUUCUCCAAGGAGUACAUGGUUCACCCCUCUCCUACAGUGACCCUGUGAGGUAGGUUAAGAGGCUGUGACUGGCCCAAGGUCACCCAGUGAGCUUCAUGACUGAGUGGGGAUUUGAACCUUCAUCUCCCAGGUCUUAGUCCAACACUCUAACCACACUGGCUUCCUUGAGUCCUCCUGCUAUGGGGCAGCUAUAUAAAAUAAGUAGACUUCUGAAAGGUUUAGAAAGGAGGUACCAGGUGGGGUUGAAUCCUUGGUAUGCACUGUUGGCUCCUAUUGGGGGGUCAAUGUUGCAGUGGGGGAAGGGGGCUUCUCAGACCCAGAGAAGGGGAUACUGAGUGUUUGUGAAGGGAAGCUGCUGUCUGUGAGGAAUGGAUACUGCAGAUGGGGGCCUGUUGGAGUGGGGGUCAGAUCCUGCAAAGUUGGUCCCUGACAGAGUGUAUGCGAGGGGUGGAUCCUGGGUGUGUAAGGUGAGCAUCUGUCAGUGUGAGGGUUGAUCUUCCAGGGAGGUUCCUGUUGGGGGGAUCAUGUGGGAAGCAGAUCCUGGAGGCAGCUGAUAUUUGUAAGCUGGCUUCUAGAUAAACUCAUGUGAUAGGCGUGGGGCUUUAGCUUGGUGGUGGAGCUUGUGCUUUGCCUGCAGAGUAGUUGUUUCAUGUGUUCUCUACCCAGCUCUCAGAGUAGCUUUCAGUUAAAAAAACAAAACUCCAGCCCCUGCCCUCAGAAUUUACCAUCUAAAGACUUAGCACCAAAAAGAAAGGGAUGGGGAAGCAAACCCAAAUACCCAUUUUGUACAAGGACCUGCUGGGAUGGGAGAUAGUUGAGGGAGAGAAGAUGCACUUCACAGGAUUGGGUGGAAGGAUGAGCAGUGUUUGUUGAGCCACACUUGGCUACAGAGUUGCUAGCUCAACUUACAAAGCAAUGUUCAUCUUGAUGGAAGGUAGCGCAUUAUGAAAAGUUGGUUUAGAAUCUAAUGAAAAGUUGUGGCUUCUGAGGCGGAGGGGGAGAGACAGAUGUGUAAAUUAUUGAAGUUUGUGGCUUGGAAAUGGAUGGGUCAUAUUCUUCUUUCCAUCUUACGUUUUCUAAUGAAAAUUUAUGCUUUGGAUGUUCAGGUCCACAGCACAAUUAGACAGUUAUUUCCAGAUCAACAGGACACAAGCGACGGCAGCAUCACACAUCCUAGCAGGUCACAGUGGGAACAGCUCAGAUGAAACUGUGGUUCUAAGUGAUUCUGAGAGUAACAGCAGCAGCAGCUCCACUGAGGAGGAAGAGGAGACAGUGGGUGUCCUUGAGGAGGCACCUGGGCCAGCCAACUUGGGAGGUUUGUAUUGGUUCUUUAAAGGGGCCUAAAACUUCAGAAAUGGCUCAUGAUGCAUUGCCUACCUUUGACCACAACCAUCUAUUUGUUUACAGUCAUACCUCGGAUUGUGAACGCUACGGGUUGUGCGUUUUCGGGUUGCAGACCGCACCAAACCCGGAAGUACCAGAACGUGUUACUUCCAGGUUUCGGCACUUGCGCAUGCACAGAAGCACAAACUGACGUCAUGCGCAGAAGUGCCGAAUCACGUUAUGCGUGUGUGCACAUAUGGCGCUGCAGGUUGCGAAUGUGCCUCCCGCACGGAUCACGUUUGCAACCCGAGCUAUGACUGUAUUCAUUACCUUCUGCUUAGGGCAGCUUACUUAAAGUGUAUGACAUUUGUAUUUUCAUAACAACUCUGAGAGGUAGGCUAGGUUGGGAGAGGAUGACUUGGGCCUGACCAUACCAUUUAUUUCAUGACUGCAGAGACUUGAACCAAGGCCAGAUUUCGCCAGUGUAUCCUGCUGUCUUUGAAUAAUUGAAAGCUGUUUUCUGAUCUUUGUACAAACCUUGUUAAAUGUCAAACUGAGGUUGUGUUAUGCAAAUAGGCAUGCUUAUUAUUAUUUAAUUUAUUUCACACAUACACAAAAAGGGUUUCACAGAGGAAUUUUGAGAAGGGGUUUAUAGGGGAGAUUCAGGUACCAUAUACAUUUUAUUUGUGCAUGGUACUCCCUUUUCUGAACAGCAAGAGAAGGUUGGACGUUUUUUAAAAAGAGCAGAUAAGGAUAGUAAAAUUGCAGGAACAAAGGUGGGGCAUCUUGGGAAAUGAGGGAAGAAAGGAAGGUUGGAGCAAGCCAGUUAUGAACAUAGGUGGAAGGGGUUUGUGCUGGGAAGCCACCAUUGGAAUUUGCAGAGGGUGUCUUGCUGGAUGAGUUAUUUUACUAUUUUCUGCCAAGUUGUUUUUUUAAAAAUUGCCUCGUUAACAUAGUUUGAAGGAUUAUCUUGGUGAAAAAGCUGCUCUAUUUUAUCUUUUUUUCUUAGGCAGCAGUGGCUUUGUGUUCAGUCACUUUGAACUUCCCUUUUAAAUGCUAACAAUUUGUUACUGAGUUUUUGUUUAUGUGGUGCUAAUUACAACCUGUCCCCAUCUCUUCCUAUAUUAAUUAUUCCUUUGUUUCUCCCCUGCAGUUUCUGAUGCAACCCAAAUGGAGCCUCCUGGAGGGGAUUCUGUUGGGCCAGAGCAUCCUGAUGCUAGAGGUGCCACUGCCCUCCAGAAGAAGGUACGAAUAAUUGGGUGUGUGCUGUGGAGGAUGUGCAGCCAAUUAAGAUAAGCCAAGAUUGCAUUUGCUUGACCUUUUCCAUGUUCUCUUGUUUCAGACAACUCCAUUAAAGAGAACUCACCUAGCUGCUCCUCUGGCUCCUCUGGGUGAGGAAGAGGAGAGUGGUGAUACCUGUGCCAUCUGCUUUGAAGAGUGGACAAAUGCUGGGGAGCACCGUCUUUCUGCACUGCGGUGUGGGCAUCUCUUUGGCUAUAGCUGCAUUGAGAGGUGGCUGAAGGGACAAGUGGGCAAAUGCCCACAGGUAAAAGCUUGGAAGAGUAUUUUGUUUCUUCUGUCUGAUGCAUAACCUAAAUCUUCCUCUCUGAAACCCAUUUAUUCUUUUCCUGUCUUUGGUAAAAUUUGUGGGCAACAGUUCUCUCCAGAUUAUUUUCCUUUUUUCAAUUCUCCCUUUCUGCAUUACUUUCCAUGUCAUCUUCCUCUUUUGGCUUGCCUUCUGUAGACCUUCUUGUGUUUUUCUUUGCACUCCCUGAGUUGUGUUCCAUUUUUUGGAUGCCCUCUUCCUUGUUUUGGCACUCAAACUGAUUGCAGGAUUUCAAACAGCACUUUAGCCAGCGUUGAGCACAGCAGGACUCCUCAAAUCUGGGCUCUAGGAGUUGCAGCAAGUUGUCCUUCCCUUUGGUCAAACUCUUCCUGUGAGGAGAGUAUUUUUAUCAGCAUUUGCCAACUUGGUGCCCUCCAUAUGUUUUGGACUACAAAUCCCCUACCAGUGCCGGCUAGCACAGAUGUGCUGGUUAAGUCUGAAUGAAGUCAUGUAAUCCAAAAUUUCUGGAGGACACCAAGUUGGCAGCAGCUGCUGUACAUCAUAUUUGGUGACAGAGCAGUGGUAGAACUUCCACCUGAGACAAUGGGAUUUUUGAGGGGUGGUAGUAAGGUGCUGUUUACCUUUUUAAGUUGUUGUCUUUGCUUUAUUGGCUAAGUUCAGGGAUUUUGCCUGGGAUCAGUCAGGUCAACAAGACUACCUGUUGGCACAAGGAAACUUUGAGAGGAGAUGCUUGGGCAUGAUGUUGAGCAGGUCACUUUUGCAUGUUUGGGGGAGUCCCACUGAUAGUUCUGGAGAACUACUUGAGAUAAGGCGAGUCUCAGCAAGCCAACACUGUGUACAUUCACCCCUGCUUUUGCAAAGAGAUCUAUUUGAAAAGCAGUAUCACCACUUGGCUUGUGUAGCAGUCAUGAGAAAUUAAUAGCAGCACAGUAUAUUUCCUUUGUAACCAAUAAAUUGGCUUAUGUUCACAUUUUUUCAUUUUUUAGUGUAAUAAGAAAGCCAAGCGCUCGGAUAUAGUAGUCCUUUAUGCUCGUACCCUGAAAGCGCUGGACACCAGUGAACAGGAACACAUGAAAAGGUAUAUACUCACAACUUUCCUCCUAUAAGUUUGAGGGUAGCAGUACCUGGCAUAAACACCUGUCUUGGCAAACUAUCACUAUGCCUCAGCUGAGUCAGAUGAGCGUCUGUGUGAUUGCAGAAGAUACUUGUGUCCUAACACCAGGCUUUAGUUCAAGGGCUUGCUUUGUUAGACUUUUAUUAGGUAGGUAUGAUAGGUAGUGUUUGGAUGUCCCUGUGAAGAUAUAUGCCUGCUUCUGUAACUUUUUUUUUUUUACUAGUAUAUAUAUUUAAGAUAAAAUGAGAUGCAUUUUCUAUUGAAUCUCUCAUGGUUAUUCUGAAAUUGAAGUAUUACUAUUUAAAUGUCUCUGUCUAAAUUCAAGAGACUGUUAUUAUGUCUCUAAAAGUUUUUGGGCAGGCAGGAAAAUGGAAUAGAAAAUUAAUUCUACUCAUCAGUGAGAGAGAGAUGGGUUGGCUCAUGAGCUUCCUUAAUUACAUUUGUUGUACUUUUCUCCUGCAGCUCUUUAGAGAAGGAGCAAAUGCUACGAAGGAAGGCAGAGCUGGAAUCCGCACAGAGCCGCCUCCAACUGCAGGUCUUGACAGAUGAAUGCAGUAAACUUCGGCAGCAAGUUCAGGUAGGUUUAGCUGUAUCCUGUUCAUGCAGAACCUUCUAAAUCCCCUUCCCAUGUACAAGAAAAUGAAAUGCGCUAUCUUCAUGGCCUUUUCUCUCACUCUCUGCUAAUGAUGGACAGGAUAAUAGGACACCCCAAUUCACUGACGCCAACUCUAGGGGGCCCUGGUUGGCAUGGCACCCACACUGUGGGGCUCCAAUGCAACCUCUGAGGCGACGUCUGAGGCCCUGCCAGGCUUCCAAACGUGAUUUCUGGUAGAAACGUUCCGCUGAUGUAACAUGACGUCAUGGUGUAACGUUACGUCGUGGGUGCCAUUGGGCACCCAAAAUCUGGGGCCCAGGUCAUCACCCUGGCCCAGUUUCAUUCCUUGAUUUGAGUUUGUAUGUCAAAGCUUGUGAUUUGGGGAAAGGAGUCACAAAAACAUUCCAAAUCAAAACUCUAAUCUGGUAAAUUUUAUAUACCCUCAGUGAAUUUGUAUAACUCAGAAAACUUCCAGAGCAGUAUUCCAGAGCACAGAAAAAUCUGAAUGGGGACCCACACAAGACAUCCCCUGACAUACCCCCAGAGACAACCUCUCAGAACAGUUCUGAGACAGCGCUCUUCUUUGUCCCAGCCUGCAUCCUCCAGACACUCAUCACAUCAAUACAUGGAGAGGAAAUAGACACAGGAAGGAAUAGAAAUUGGAUCUGGCAGGGAAUAGUGAAAAAACUAAGGCAAGCUCAGCUAAGGAACCACCUUGCAGAAUGAAAAGUGGCAAGUUGAAGGGUAGGAUAUCCCAGCUAUAUUUUAGCUGGAGGAUGAGAUGGUUGGGCAUUAGAAGGGCUCUACAAGCAAAAAAUAGUCAAGUUGUAUAGAAAAGCAGUAAAGAAACAACAACCCAGAACAAGUUGUUCCUGACUUUUACUACUGUUCUGCCUGUGGAAACAUCCAGUGCUCUCAGCUCCACACAUGCUUUCUUUGCCUCAUUUUUCCUGCUUUCCAUUCUACAGGAAUUAAAGGCCCUGAUGGCUCGCCACAACACCCUUUCCUCUCAGCAGCCCAGCAACUCUCGCUCAUGCUUUCCAGGCUGCCUCUCCUCCAGCCAGGGCCAGCACAAGUACCACUUUGAGAGGGCCACCCUAGUGUCUCAGGUGGGCAACUGCCGGGUUAUGGCAUACUGCGACCCACUGAGCUGCCUUGUAGUGUCACAGCCAUCUCCACAAAGCACCCUCAUUCCUGGUGAGUUGCCUGCUGAAGCAAGUCCCUAAGUUUUAUGAUGGAAAUGGUUUUUUCACUGCCUUGGUCAAUCAAGAGGACAGAUAUUGCAGCAUUUGGACUCUAGCAGGGUGGGCUUUCUGCUGAUCAGUUUGCUUUGUGUCUCAGGCUGUGGAAUUAAGAUGAUGAGUGCUGUCAACUCAAAGAGCAGCCAAUAUGUCCCCAUCCACAGCAAGCAGAUCCGGGGCUUGGCUUUCAGCAACCGUGCAGAUGGCUUGCUCUUAUCUGCUGCUUUAGACCAUACCCUCAAGCUUACCAGGUGAGUAGUGAUGAUUAUGAUGCCUGCUUCCUUUCUCUGUGGUCCAGGAGAUUGUGUAAGGAUCUUAUUCUGGAAGUAUUUCCAGGCACCUGCAGAGCAGCUUUGUCUGAACUGUGCUGUUCUGCCCACAACUGGGUAUCUGCUGGAUAGUGUGGGCCAUGUACAGAAGUGCUAAGGUCCUCAAUGGGAGACCGCUUUGAUAUGUAAAGCUACGCUAACUUUCCCUCAGCUUGACUACAAACACCGUUGUGCAGACAUACAAUACUGGUCGACCUGUCUGGAGCUGCAGCUGGUGCCUGGAUGACACCAACUAUGUCUAUGCUGGCUUGGUCAACGGCUCUGUCUUGGUGUAUGACCUGCGGGACACAAGCUCUCAUGUCCAGGAGCUUGCUCCACAGAAGUCCAGGUAUCGCUUUCCUGCUUUAUACAGCUAGCUUGUCCUUUGAGCAUAUGAAUUAAGAUUGUAGAGGACUUUGAAGCAGAUGAAGGAUGAUCAGUGCUUGUAGAACUUUAAAAUUUGCACUCCAUGUGUUAUUGGUAUAUCUUUCCUGGCACAGAAUAUGCAGAACACUAACUUUUACUCUGGUUGCUGGUUACCUCCCCACUGUAACCCAGAAUGAAGACCUUUGAGCUUGGGAUAGUGGCCUAAUGGCAGAGGUUUAGCCUGAUAAACUUGUCUGGGAUCCAUUUCCAGUCCUUAAUGCAUUGCACUAAGACUUCUCAGAAUGUGUAUUUUUCAAUCAGUUCUGUGGAUGAGGAAUAGGAAUGAACAUUGGGUGAGGUAAGCCCUGGAGAGAUUGUCAUACUUGCAAUGUUGCCUGCAGUGAUUGACUUCUACCUUGUUCUUUUCUGGCGUUGUGAACAGUCAUGGUGAUAUGGAGCUCAAUUUGUUUCUUACUCAGAAGUCAAUUGUGCAGUGUUCAGUGGUGCUUGCUCAGAGGUAAAUAUUAAUAGGAUUUCUCAGUCAUAGCACCAGUUCUUUUGGCCAAUGGUAUGUAGAAGUGAGAGUGAUUCUCCACUUCUCUUUGAAAUCCUUCCUUACUCAUGCUCGUUCAGACUCACAACAGCAAAUGAGUAGGGAAAGUGGAAUGGUUUGACAUUGUUGGUUAUUGCUCUUUCCUCUGUCCCUCAUAGGUGCCCUGUGGUUUCCUUAUCGUAUCUUCCCCGAAUGGCCUCUGCCUCACUGCCCUAUGGUGGACUGGUAUCUGGGACACUGGAGGGAGCCUGCUUUUGGGAACAGAAGGCCAGUGGCUCUUACCGGCCUCACCAUCUCCUCCUGGAGCCUGGAGGUUGCAUUGACCUUCAGACAGAGGCCAGCACACGGCACUGCCUUGCAACAUUCAGACCCAGUAAGUUGUGAUGUGUAGACAUCAGGGCAGGGCUAUUUUUAUGCAGUGUUGGGAUUCCUUUCACCCUAAAUGUGGACACAGUUACAACUGUGUGGACAGAAACCACUUACCAUGUUUGUUGUUGGCGUCUCUCUUGCACACACAUUAAAAGAGAAGAGGAUACCUCUGGCCUGCAUCUAAAAUGCUGCACCAGUUAUUCUGUACCCCAGUCUUCCCAAAUCUUUUCAAGAUGAUGGGGCAGAGAGGGUGCAGUCUCCCAUCCCCAAAUACAAUAUGGAUCUUUUACCGGGGGCAUUAUUUCCACCCCGGUGAAGGGUAAGUGCCAACUACUUCAGGAGUCUAUCCCUCCCUAGAACUUUGCAGCUCCCAAGAGGGACCUGCUGUGCAGUAUGAGCACUCCUGCUUCCGUAGGAUGACAUGCAAGGAAGGGAUUGCAAGUGAGUAGUAUCCUAAGGAAAUGGGGUAGUUGCCAUGAGCGGUGAGUGAAGCGGUCAGGCAAUGGCCUCUGGGCUGCACUUAAACCAGAGUACAGUGUUUUGUCUUGAUACCUUCCUAUGAUACCUUGAUACCUGUCCCCUGGAAAGCUCUUCACUUUCAUCCCACAGAUAGAAACAACAACUGUUUACGGUGUGUGGUCAUGGAGCUGACCUCUACUCAGCUGACUGAUGGGACAGAGGAUGUGAUCUGUUCAUGUCGUCCAGUUCAAACUCUUACUGCGGGUCCAUCGUGCAAACUAUUGACCAAAAAUGCCAUCUUCCAGAGUCCUGAAGAUGAUGGCAGUAUUCUUGUGUGUGCUGGGGAUGAAGCAUCAAACUCUGCCAUGGUACCAUUUUUUGUUCUUUGUUGUAGGAGUAGGACGUUGUGUCCGGCUCUGUGUUAAUAGUCUAAAAUGCUGGAAGCUUAAUGCCGGGUCACUCAUUGAGAAAAGACUCAGGCCCUUGUUCUAGUGAAAAUUCUGUUUUGAGACACUGGUAUAGCCUGUAUCUGCCUCUUUGGAGCAUUUCCUCAUGGCAAUCACAGUGCCACUUUCCAUCAUAUGGACAUGGGGGCUCUCUUGUCCUCCCUCUUCUCACUUUCCUUGAGGCUUGACUCUGGGUAUGGACAUGCAUGUUUUCUGUGCCAGGGCUGCAACCACUCCUCCUUGUACACAGGGAGCGCCAAAGAGGGAUGUCUUCAGCAUUACACCAUUUGCUCACUCUGAAUCCACCCAAAAUGUGUGGUGAUGUUAGGCUGCUUGCCAAUGUACAGGAAAGUAACAGUUCAAUACUUUUGUAACUUGUCUCCUUGCUACAUCCCAACUAGUAACAGCUAGAGCUGUAUUUUUAUGCAACAGGAUUCCUGAUAAGCUGUGACUCUUAUUUGUUUAUCCUGCAGCUCUGGGAUGCAGGGAGUGGCUCCCUGCUGCAGAAACUCCCUGCUGACCUUCCUGUGUUAGAUGUCUGCCCUUAUGAGGUGAACCGCAACAGCUUCUUGGCUACCUUGACAGAAAAGAUGGUGAAGAUCUACAAGUGGCAAUGACUGUCUGCUGCAUGCUGCCCCAAUGAGCUACUCUCUGAACUAAGCCAAUUUCCCACAAGCCAGCUCUGCUGCUAACUGGAUUCUAGCUGCCUUGAGUGCACCCUGCCAACAUUGCUGCACAAGCAAAAUCUUGCUCCUUAGAACAGCUCUCUCCCAUGCCCAGCCCACACAUUUGUUCCUUUUUAAAUUUAUGGAUUUUUGUUUCCACCUCAUCUUAAAGGAAACCACUUUUACCUUAUUGUGGACCCUGUGCUUUUCUGGCUUUACUGCCUAGGCAGAUUAUGGGGCCCUUCUGAGAAAAAAAAUUGGCUGCCAGUUUAUAUUUCCUGGAAAUUUACCAUUGACCUUGGAUGAAGAUCAUGAUCUCUGCUCUUCUUUUGAUUUUGGAGGCUUGUGGCAUGGGCAAUACUCCUUUGGCAGAAGACUGCUUAAAUUUCUGUUUCAGCCCAUCUAAUAAAGAAGAUGGGACCUUGUCUGAAGUGAGCUGUUCAAGUUAUAUCUCUGGACCAUGAUUGGGCUUGGUAAAAGGUGGUGGUGAAGCCUGGUGGGAAUUGGCUGCUAAAAGACAUUGUGAAUAAGAAAAUAUAAUUGUGGCCUGAUGAUGAAUGGGCAACUUCAGGUAUAAAUAUGUUCCUGUAAGACUUCCUAUAGACCUCCAUUGAGAACUGGGCAGAGAGUGCUGUGCCUGACAGAUCAUUGGGAGUUGAAACAUGAAGCAAUUUCAGAACUCUACCAACUCUAUUGACAGAAAAAAACCAUUUGCUGGGACUGUUGGUGAUUCAUCUUCUGCUAUAAAUUAAAAUAGGAUCAAAUAUUUCAUGUAUGUGUUCUUGCCCAAGGCUAACAAUCAAGAGAGUGAUGCAAAUUGCAAGACCAAUAUUAGGGUUGUUUUUUUUUUUUUACUUUACCUGAAGCCAGUAGAAAUCACACCAUUGUGUGCUACCUGAAGUGAUGGGUUACUAUACAGAAUUACAGAACAACAUUUCUAAAGUUUAACUGUAUGACCCAUCUGUCUAAAAAUGUACAUGUUUCCAUUGAACUGUGCUUUGUGUGUGUGAGAUACUACUUUUAUAUGCAACAGGAAGAAUAAAGAAUGUUUAAUAUAUACAAGAGGAAGAA